AUGGCUGAAUCGUUAGGAAUGACGAAGGCGAUCGACGCGUGCGCCGUGCCCGAAGCCGACACGGACGCGCCGCACCACCAAAAAGUUUCCAGCGCGGACAACACCGCCGUCGCGCAAGAAGCCGCAGCGCAACUGCAACAAGAUCUGGCCUCUUCCACCACACCCGACUCCAGCCCUCAGCCGGCACGCCAACGGACACCAGCGCAGAGAAAACGAGACCGCAAAAAAGGCAUAACCCGCCGCAACGACCACCACCUCGUCCGCGCCGAAGAAAAGGACGUCGCAGGAUCACCAGCUUCCAGCCCCGAAGACAGCAGCAGCAGCUCGACCCGCUCCUCCUCCUCCUCCUCGCCCGCACCGCCCGCCAGCAACAACCCCAACAGCACCAGCGACACCGCGACGACGAUCCCACGCUCGAUGCCGGCACCGAAGAAGGCGGUGGCGGCGGCGGCGGCGGGCAGGAUCGUGCCGCUCUUCAUCGCGUCGCUCGGCAACCCGGGCGCGACGUACGCGCACACGCUGCACUCGGCCGGCCACACGGUGCUGGACGCCAUCCGCGACCUGCGCCACUUCCCGCCGUGGCAGAAGGAGCGCUCGUUCGCCAACGGCCUCGUCAGCAAGCAGGCCGAGGCGGGCGUCAACCGGAACUUUUCGUGGCUGCCGGGCAUCCUUGGCGGCGGCGCUGAUCAGGCGGGGGCGGCGGGGAAGAACAGGUUGGAGGGGGAGGAGGCGUGGACGCUGUGGCAGAGCCCGAGCUUGAUGAAUGUGAGUGGGAAGGCGCUGGGGCAGGCGUGGGGGAGGUGGAAGAGGGAGUACACGGAUGGGGAGUUGGUGGUCGUGCACGACGAGCUGGAGAGGCCGCUGGGGAAGGUGACGGUGAGGAGGGGCGGGAGCGCGAGGGGCCACAACGGGCUGAAGAGCUUGGCGCCGCAGUUUCCGAACACGCCGUAUGUGAGGAUCGGCGUGGGCAUCGGGCGCCCCGAGAGCAGGGAGCCGGAUGCUGUGGCGAAGUAUGUGUUGAGGAAGAUGACGCAGCAGGAGAGGGCCAAGGUUGAAGGGUGCGCGGAUGAGGUGAUUAGGAAGUUGUGGGAAGUGCAGGAGGGCAAGAUAUGA